ACUACGCCGACUAUGCCACAAAGAAGUCGAGACAAGUUGUUGUCAGACAAUCGUGGCUCAAUGUGUACAAAACUAAAAGUAUAGGGGAGGAAAUCGAUGUCUUUAAAAAUAUAUAUAUAUUAGAUACUCGCAAUAGACAUGACGGAAAUGUUUUCAAAUCUGUAUGGGCAAAAUGAAGCUCAGGGACCACCCGGAUCAUCGUCUUUGGGAUUCGGACCGGGAAAACCACCACCGCCUCUGCCGCCAAAUCAAGUCACAAUGGCGGCUCAGAUGCCACCUCAGCACGGGGAUGAGGGGCCUGCUCUACGGAAGCCGGGAGCAAUGAACGAACCUUUUUAUUUACUGCGAGAGCUACCAGUGGGCAAUGAGCUGACGGGCAACACCAACCUAAUCACCCAUUACAACCUGGAACACGCCUACAACAAGUUCUGUGGCAAGAAGGUUAAGGAGAAGCUCAGCAACUUCCUGCCAGAGUUACCAGGUAUGAUAGACUGUCCUGGCACCCAGGAUGGCAGUUCAUUGCGCUCUCUGAUAGAGAAGCCUCCAGUGUGUGGCAACUCCUUCAGCCCUCUGACCGGAGCCAGCCUCACCGGCUUCAGACUACACACCGGACCUCUACCAGAGCAGUACAGACUGAUGCACAUACAGCCCCCAAAGAAGAAGAGCAAAAACAAGCACAAACACCACCGACCACAAGAUCCCAUACCACAAGAAACCCCGUCAGACUCUGACCCCAAGAAGAAGAAGAAAAAGAGGGAUGACGACCCCGAUCGCAAGAAGAAAAAGAAGGACAAGAAAAAGAAGAAGAACCGCCACAGUCCGGACCACCCUGGCUUGGCUGGCUCUCAGCCCAACAGCAACAGCCUCCGAUAGACCAGACAGACACGGUGUGUGUGUGAGGAGCAGCGUGUGAGUGUGUUUGAAGAGAAUCAGGAACUGUUUGUGAGAAUGUAUGCAGAUACGAGAGAUUAUGCAUUUGUGAGAGAGGCAUACGCAAAUGUCUGUUUGUACAGUAUGUGAGUUUGUGAGAAAGUGUGUGGGUGGAAGAUUGGAUGUGAGCAUGGUAGAGUAAUGUUGUUACAGUAUGACAGACAGAAGGUCACUGAUGUUCUGACUGAGUACAGUGCCUUCGGAAAAGUAUUCAAACCCCUUGACCAUUUCCACAUUUUGUUACGUUAGUCUUAUUCUAAAAGUGAUUCAAUUGUUUUUUCCCUCAUCAAUCUACACACAAUACCCCAUAAUGA